CUGUGUUGGGGGCUCAUGGGGACUCUGUCACAGCUUCUGGGUGGAACCCCCACUCCACUAACUUCCUGCUUUCUGAUCACUUCUCCAGCCAUCGAUGAGUUCAAGCCCCAGGAUGCCACCACCAACCCGUCCCUGAUCCUGGCUGCUGCACAGAUGCCAGCCUACCAGGAACUGGUGGGGGAGGCCAUCGCCUAUGGCAAGAAGCUGGGCGGGUCUCAGGAGGAACAGACUCAAAACGCUACUGAUAAACUUUUCGUGCUCUUUGGAGCAGAAAUACUGAAGAAGAUCCCAGGCCGCGUCUCCACAGAGGUAGAUGCGAGGCUCUCCUUUGACAAGGACGCCAUGGUGGCCCGAGCCAGGCAUCUCAUUGAGCUCUACAAGGAUGUUGGGGUCAGCAAGGACCGGAUUCUGAUAAAGCUGUCCUCCACCUGGGAAGGAAUUCAGGCAGGGAAGGAGCUCGAAGAGCAGCACGGCAUCCACUGCAACAUGACCCUGCUCUUCUCCUUCGCCCAGGCCGUGGCCUGUGCCGAGGCGGGGGUGACGCUCAUCUCCCCCUUCGUGGGGCGCAUCCUCGACUGGCACGUAGCCAACACGGGCAAGAAAGCGUAUGAGUCCCUGGAGGACCCAGGAGUGAAGAGUGUCACCAAAAUCUACAACUACUACAAGAAAUUUGGCUACAAGACCAUUGUCAUGGGCGCCUCGUUCCGCAACACAGGCGAGAUCAAGGCUCUCGCGGGCUGUGACUUCCUCACCAUCUCCCCCGCACUCCUGGGUGAGCUGCUCAAGGACGGCAGCAAGCUGGCGCCCACGCUCUCGGCCAAAGCAGCCCAGGCCAGCGACCUGGAGAAGAUCCACCUGGACGAAAAGGCCUUCCGUUGGCUGCACAAUGAGGACCAGAUGGCUGUGGAGAAGCUGUCCGAUGGCAUCCGCAAGUUUGCUGCCGACGCCGUGAAGCUGGAGCGGAUGCUGGCGGAACGGAUGUUCAGCACAGAGAAUGGAAAAUAGCACAGCACCUGAGGCUGGACCCCAUUUCUAGCCGCACAUACCUGGCAAUGAAUCUUGCAUUUCUGACCAAUCAGCGGAUUGGAUUUCUGAUUUCACAUAAAAUUUUGCCUAAUACAAUAAAGCAGUCACUUUUUCUGUGCAACA